AUGAACAGCAGUGGACCAGCGUACCCUCUCGCCUCUCUGUAUGUCGGCGACCUGCACCCGGACGUCACGGAGGCCAUGCUCUACCAGAAGUUCUCCCCCGCCGGACCCAUCAUGUCGAUCCGCGUGUGCCGCGACAUCAUCACCCGCAGAUCCCUGGGAUACGCCUACAUCAACUUCCAGCAGCCGGCCGACGCGGAGUGCGCCCUGGACACGAUGAACUACGACGUCCUCAAGGGUCGGCCCAUCCGCAUCAUGUGGUCUCAGCGUGACCCGGGACUCAGGAAGUCCGGCGUGGGCAACAUCUUCAUCAAGAACAUGGACGAGUCCAUCGACAACAAGGCGCUGUACGACACCUUCUCGGCCUUCGGCAACAUCUUGUCCUGCAAGGUGGUGUGUGACGAGAAGGGGUCCAAAGGAUACGGGUUCGUUCACUUCGAGACCCACGAGGCGGCGAACCGGGCCAUCGAGACCAUGAACGGGAUGCUGCUGAACGACAGGAAAGUGUUCGUCGGCCACUUCAAGUCCCGGAAGGAGCGGGAGGUGGAGUUCGGCUCCAAGGCGAUGAAGUUCACCAACGUCUACGUCAAGAACUUUGGAGAAGACUACGGCGACGAGAAGCUCAAGGAGGUCUUCACCUCCUUUGGGAGGACCCUCAGUGUGCGGGUGAUGAAGGACGAGAGGGGGCGCUCGAGAGGGUUCGGCUUCGUGAACUACGCCAACCACGAGGACGCUCAGAAGGCGGUGGAUGAAAUGAACGGCAAGGACCUCGGCGGGAAGCUCCUGUACGUCGGGCGCGCUCAGAAGCGUCUGGAGCGCCAGGGAGAGCUGAAGCGCAAGUUUGACCAAAUCAAACAGGAUCGCAUCCAGCGCUACCAGGGGGUGAACCUGUACGUGAAGAACUUGGACGACGGCAUCGACGACGAGCGGCUCCGGAAGGAGUUCGCCCCGUACGGCACCAUCACCAGCGCCAAGGUGAUGACGGACGGCUCCCAGAGCAAAGGCUUCGGCUUCGUGUGCUUCUCGUCUCCGGAGGAGGCCACCAAGGCGGUGACGGAGAUGAACGGCCGCAUCGUGGCCACCAAGCCGCUCUACGUGGCGCUGGCUCAGCGGCGGGAGGAGCGCAAAGCCAUCCUCACCAACAAGUACAUGCAGAGGCUGGCCACGCUGAGGCCCGUGAGCAGCCCCCUCAUCGACGCCUACCAGCAGCCCGGCUACUACAUGACGGUGCCACAGCCUCCGGCUCGCUCCUUCUACCCCAACACCCCCGUCAGCACCAUGAGGCCCGUGGCCCGCUGGACCGGGCAGCCCUCCCCCCGGCUGCAGGGGCCGUACCCCGCCCAGUUCGCUGGCUCCGCCCCUCGGCGUGGACCGACCCCCAUCGCCACGGUGCGGCAGGCCUCCACCCAGGCGCCGCGCGGCGCCAUCAGCUCCUCGCAGAGGACGAGUAACAUCGCCACCCAGACCGUCGGCGGACGCACCGACGCCGUCCGCGGGGGCCAGUACCGGUACUCGCCCGCGGUGAGGAACGUCCAGCAGGUCGUCACCGUUCCUGCCCCCAUGACGAGGAUACAGGUGUUCCCCCCUGUGAUGGAGCCCCCGGUUCUCCUUCAAGGCCACGAGCCGCUCACCACCUCCAUGUUGGCCGCCGCGCCGCUCAUGGACCAGAAACAGCUGCUCGGCGAGCGUCUGUACCCGGUGAUCCACGCCCUCCACCCCGGUCUGGCCGGUAAGAUCACCGGCAUGCUGCUGGAGAUCGACAACUCAGAGCUGCUGCACAUGCUGGAGACGCCGGAGUCGCUGCACGCCAAGGUGGACGAGGCGAUCGCCGUCCUGCAGGCUCACCAGGCGAAGGAGAGCUCUCCCAAGAAGUGACGAGUCCCUUCAGAUGCUGACGACUUUCUGGAGGAGAAAAAACAAAUAAAAAGAGUAAAAUGUGAAAGAAAAAGAGAAAAAAAUGAAUCUGAGCCGACGUGUAAAUGGGGUUCAAAACAUUUUGUUGCGUUUUUUUGUUGGAAGAUAAAGUUUAUAGUUACGC